AUGGGUCGGCCACCCAAGAAAAGGACGCGGACAGAUGAUGAGGGGAUCGACUUCCCAGCGCUAUCUGGAGCUGAAAUCUGGCCCAGUCCAGAAGAUUUGCAACAAUCUUCGUUAAGCAUGGACACAGUCACCUUGACAGACGCCGAUCAUCUUUGUCCGCAGAUAUUCUGGCGGCCUGGCACGAACAUGAAUUUGCCACAGUCCCAGCCUUCAGAUCUCUCCCAGCCCGCAGAUCUAUUGUCAGGUUAUGAAGACCACAACCAUGCCUGGAGGCCAGACCGCCUGAAACAGCCAAACCUUCCUGUUCCUGCAUCAUCUUCCCCUUGGCCUGAUUUCUCGGCCAUCUCCGAAGCCACAGCCAUGCCAAUGCCAUUCCCCAACCCUCCAGCUUUCCCUUCCAUGCACUCCCUCCCGCUGUCUCCUGCCACCUCUAUAUCCUCCGAUUCCACAACGUCUGGGUGUCCGUGUUUAUCGUACCUUUACCUAUCCCUCAGCCAUAUGACAUCAAUCUCCUCCUUCCCCGUCAACUCUCACACUCUAUGCUCGCUAUAUAUUGCUGCACGAACAGCACGGGAUGUGAUCCGCUGCCAAGUUUGUCCCAAGGUCUUUUCAACAGGCCUUCAAAAUAUCAUGUUCAUAGGGACUCUAUUAACAGUCACCGCGGACGCGUGGCUGCGCGUCUUGCGAGCCGACGCUGUUGAACUGGGGACGCAGUCUGCGCUUCCACAAUACGUGUCUGAGGCACUCCAAAGCCCUGACCCAGCACAAUACUGGAAAUCAUGGCUCCACCAAGUUGUUCGUCGCGCUGUCAUUGGUGGUCCCGUUGAGCCAAGUGCUAUGAUUGCUUGCUCCGAGCAGCCAGAUCUGCUGUCCAUGAUUAUUGAAAUCGAGAAUCGGCAACGCCGCUUCCAUGAACCUGGAAAACAUCCACUUGGAGAGCCAACGUCUAUGUCGGACUCGGCCCAGUCACAGGAUGAGGAUGAUCAUGGCGAAAAGAAGUUUUUAUGCCUUCGUGUGGUUGGAAGUGCCAGAGAUGUGAUCGCCAGAUUCAACUUUGAUCCUUCAGAAUAUCCCGAGGGCGUUUCGCCUGUCACUGCGGAUACUGGAGCAUAA